AAUCACACGGAACCGGCCCUGGGUCUCGCUCUAGCCCGCCACUCCCGACAAAUCCUCGCCUCUCCAUCUUUCGUCUCCUCUCCCUCCCUCGUCCCUCCAUCUCUCGAUCUGAAGAGGCGGCGGCCGAUGGCCUGCUCUGCGGUGGCGGCGGCGUUCCUAGGACCCGUUCCGGCAGCGGCCUGAUCUGCUGGGGCGCAGCACCGGCGACCUGAUCUGCUGGUGCGCACCGGCCUGAUCUGCGCCGGGGGGAGGAGGCGGUGGCACCGGCGGCCUAGUCUGCUGGGGGCUGCGGCGACCAGGCCUGUUGGGGGCUGCCGUAGUGCUGCCGUAGCAUCUUCUCUGUAGAUUGCUUUUUCUCGAGUUAGCGAUGAUAUGCAUCUUCUUUUUCUUGUUGGAGGCACAUGAGCGGUAGCAGAUCAUAGCUUCCAUAUAUUCUUAGUUCUUCUGUGUAAAUUGCUUCUUUUUGUUUGUAGAAAUGUAUUCGUAUGAUAUGUUUGAUUUCAUGUAUCUCAGUAUCUGCCAUGCUUGUGUAUAAAUGUUAUCAAAAUGACCAAAUUCGUUUUAUUGCGCUCACCAAACACUCAAAUGUAACCAUUCCAUUCCAUCUAUUGCCUCAACCAAACAUAAGAACGGAACCGACCCAUUCUAGUGGAAUGGAAUGUCAUGGAACCAUGACAUUUCAUUCCAUUUCGUUUCACAACCAAACACACUCUAAGUAGUUUUCAAUAGGAAGGUAGUACAAAAAGAAUCUCUAUCCUUGAUUGCAUGCACUCACAUUUCUCCUUCUCCAAUCCCAUCGUUUGAUUUUAUUCUGGUGCAAUAAGAUUUAGUUGUUUUUUAUUACACCAUUGAUUAUUUAGUUGCUGCUAACUACCUAAUUCUUCAAGGGCAUUUUCGUCCAAAAUCCUCCUUAAUUCUGUGUCUUGGUCACCACGCCCCAAAAAAUACAACUUAUAUAAAGAAACGAAGAGAGUAUAACAAUAAAUUUACAGUCCAUAAAUGAAUUAUUUGUUAUGAUAUCGGUUAGACCUCUUUCAUAACUAAAUAAAUAAAAAUAAAUCCCCUGUCUAAAUAAGAAAACAAUUGCAUUUUGUAUAAUCAAAAUAUGCUUUAUUUAUUUUGCAUCAAGAUUUAUCCCGUAUGAUUGUCUUAUAUUAUGUUAUAAAUAUUUUUUUCGUGACAACGCACGGGCGUGAAAAAGAUUCUGUUCUCUCUGUACGCGUGCCUACGCCGAUUAGAUAUGCUCUGCGCCGUUUAGUCGUCUCGUCUCGUCUCCGUCUGCGUUCAGUCUUUUCCACCAGCACUACGCACGCUUUCCUUUCCUCUCCAGUUUUUGCUCCCCUUGAGACUCCAAAAGCACCCAAAGGCUGGGAACAAGAGGGAAAAAAACGGUGAAGGUUUGAAGAACCCUAGAGGCCAUUGCCAUCUCCAUCGCCGUCUCCUGCGGAUACGGCUCCACGCUUCCAGAAGCUCGGAGUGCGCCCAUUCGAGCUACGAGGGAGAGGCAUGUGCUCCAGAUCUUUGCUCAAUGUUCUCGCCAAGAACUUCGAUGUUCUUGCAGGGCCUUUGGUUGCACUAGCUUAUCCUUUGUAUGCUUCAGUUAAGGCAAUUGAAACCAAAUCCUCUGUGGAUGAUCAGCAAUGGCUCACAUAUUGGGUGUUAUAUUCAUUAAUAACACUCUUCGAGCUGACAUUCACAUCAAUUAUUGAAUGGCUUCCCUUUUGGUCCUCCAUGAAGUUGAUCUUCAUUUCCUGGCUGGUCUUGCCCUACUUCAGUGGUGCAGCCUAUGUGUACCAAAAUUAUGUGAGGCCUGUGUUUGUUAGGAAUCAUAUGAUUAGCAUUUGGUAUGUCCCUCAGAAAAAGGGUCUUCUCUGUAAUUCAGACGACUUCCUCACAGCACUUGAUAAGUACAUUGAAGAAAAUGGACCUGAAGCACUGAAGAAAUUGGCAGACAAGGCUGGCAAGUCAUCUAGACAGUCUGGAAAAUUGUGGAAAGGGUUGAAAGAAUUAAAAUCGCUGAAGGAGUUUAAAAAAGCAAAGGCAUCAAAAGAUACAAAAGCCUCGAAGGCGUCAAAGGAUUCAAAAGAGCAGAAGAAGGCGCCGAAAUGCUCCGAAGAACCAAAAAAGGCACUGAAAGAUUCAAAAGAACUAAAGCGGUCAUUGGAAGACUGGAAAGAGCUGAAGAAAUCACUGAAAGAUCGAAAAGAGCCGGAGGCGAAAGAUUCAAAUGAACGUCAACCGAAGAUGAGCGACAAACGUGUGACAUUCGCGGAGGUGGAGGCUGAGAAAGAAUUCAAGGCCUCCAACAGUAACUGGCAUCCAACCUCCGAUUAUGGCAGCGCAUACCCUGAGCACUACUCAUGGAACCGCAGCUUUAUAAUCUUCGACGAUGAACAUAGUUACCGGAACUAGAUAGGUGAACCCUGAACUUUUCUGGAAACCUUAGAUUACACAUGUGUGCUCGCUGUUGUGUUUCUUGAACAGACCAGAUGCACCUGGCGUUGAUUUGGAAGGGGCGAAAGGCCCAUUUCGGCAUCAACCACGGGAAUGGAGAUCACCUGCUGCGUCUUUUGUGUGUUGAUCGUUAGUUCUGACCUGUCGCGUCGUGUAACAUAUUCUAUUAGUCCAGUGGUCGUUUGCAGGUACUAACUGUAGGUGUGUAGAUGUUGGUGGUGUUUUUGGAGCACAAAACCUUGUUAUUAUUAGCUGGAAGAGUCGAGGUGAUAUUAAAUCCGUUGUCAGGACUUGCAUUUUU